CUUUGUGAGAGUUUUAUUCCUGAGUGUUUAAGUGUUUUCAUACACUUUAAGGGAGUUUGUUCCCUUGUUGUAAACUCGAAGGAAGUUUCUUGUUCCUUCGUGAGAAGUCUUGGAGUGCGGUAUCUCCGAGCAAAGGUGUUGAGGCUCGUGUGACUCGGGUUCUCAAGUUGUAUCGAACUAUCAAUAUUUUGGAGUGCAAAAUGAAAAGGGAUUGCGCGUAAUUUUACGCGUUUGGUUUCGGCGUAUGGACCGUGAUUCACGCCUCCCCGGGGGGCCCAUGUCACAUUUAUAUUCUCGGCUAUUCUCUCCAUCAUCAUCUUCAAAUCAAGCUUCCUACUCUCUCUCCAGAACACAAAACCAGAAGAAUCCCCAGCUCCGAAGAUGGCGAGAUUCGUUGCACUCUUCGCUCUCUGCGCCCUCGCCGCCGCCGCAACCACGAUUUCCGGCGUUAGCGCUUCCCGAAGACCUAUCCCUGCUGUCAUCACUCUCAUUGGCAGAGCGUACGUGGACACUUGCAACGUCGGCUUCGAAACCACACACAGCUUAUACCCCGCCGGCUCAACUGUGAAACUGGUGUGCAAGUUCAGCAAGACCAGCAAAAUCACCUACACUGACAAAGCCGUCACUGGCGCCAAUGGAGAAUACAAAUUUACUUUGAAUGGUCGCCGGAGUGAUAAGGAGGUCUGUCAUGUUCAGGCCAUUGAAAGCGUGCAUCCUGACGCCGGCAAACCAGAUCCGGCCAGGGAGAGCGCCCUUGUCAUCCUCAACGGGAGCAAUGGCAUCGCCAGCAACACACGCUACGCCAACAAUGUGGGAUUCGCCACAACCAAGCCUCUUUCCAACUGCGCCCAGAUCGUCUCCCAGUACCACCUCAACGAUGACAACUUUUAAGAGGUCUCUGUUCAGCCUAUAUUUUAAUAUUCCACACGUUUACUCGCUACUUCAUCUUGUUUUCAAGAGUGUGUAGCUUAUGCACAUCGCCUCUCGGUGCCGUUUGCUUAUACUUUAUUUGAUUGAAUUUAUGGUACGUUUACAUUGUGUUGACGUUCGCCUUGUGUAUUGUAAUAUGUUCAGACUUGAGAUCAGUUGGUUAUAAUUAAUCUCUGUGGUUUUUGUUAAUGCU